AUGAGCUCUCAGAUAUCAUUUGGAAAUCUGAAUUCUGGAACCCAGGUUGCAAAUAACUAUGGCACAAUCAACACUUCCCUGCACCGAGACCUCGACGAAAGUUUGCCCAUGGUCCAUGAGGCUUUGUUUGACUCGUUUGACAAUCGAGAUGAAGAUUUAUGUCUUCCAGGCACGCGAACCGAGAUUCUCUGUCAGCUUAACGAGUGGGGCUCCUCUCAACAAGGAAAACGCAUCUUCUGGUUGAAUGGAAUGGCUGGGACGGGAAAAUCGACAAUAUCCCGGACAUUAGCCAAGUCAUUCAGAGAAGCCAAACUACUUGGAGCAAACUUCUUUUUCAAAAGAGGCGAAGGGGAUCGCGGGAAUGCCAUGAAGCUUUUUCCAACAAUUGCAAGGCAGCUAGCAAUGCAUGUCCCCCAACUAGCAACUGGACUCCAAAGCGCCCUGGCCGAGGAUCCGGGGAUUGCGAAGAAGGCCCUGAAGGAGCAGUUUGAUAAACUAGUCUACCGCCCACUUCUCAGCUUGCCGUCCUCUGGGUCCCCAGUACAAAUCCUGGUCAUAGUCAUUGAUGCAUUGGACGAAUGCGAAAGGCAGAGCGAUAUCCGUCUUAUUCUCCGGCUUCUACCACAGCUCCAAAAAUCUACCACCAUCACGCUCAAGAUAUUUCUCACCAGCCGGCCGGAAACUCCAAUCCGUCUCGGUUUCAAAGAGCAUGAUGACCACCAGGGGAUCAUCUUGCAUGAGAUUCCCACUCCUAUAGUUGAGCUUGACAUACGCCUCUUUUUGAAACAUCGCCUCAACUCAAUUGGCAAAGACAAGGGACUGAAAGGCUGGCCAACUGUCGAUACUAUAGAAGCCCUGGUUGGAAUGGCUGUACCGCUGUUCAUUUUUGCGGAGACCCGGCCGAUUGAAGAGCAUAUGUUUUUCAAAGAGCACUCUGAUUUUGUUAGCUCAGUCAGCAUUUCUCCUGACGGUCAAAGAGUGGCCUCCAGUAUGCCUGACUACAAGAUCAAACUCUCAGAUACAUGGACUGGUCAAGACCAAAUAUUGCUAAUGGGCCAUUCUGGCCCAGUUAGUUCAAUGAAAUUCUCGCCAGAUAACCAAAUGCUCGGCUCCGGCUCCAGGGACAAUACUCUCAAGCUCUGGGACAUUAAUACGGGCCAAGAAAAAUUCACCUUGACAGGCCACACUUCCAAUGUUCACUCAGUGACCUUCUCCCGGAAUGGUCAAGUAGUGGGGUCUAGAUCGGACAACCUUGUUCACAAAGUCUGGGAUACCACUACUGGAGAAGAGCUGCUGUCCACUGAGAGCUAUUCUGAUUGGGUUCAUGCAGUGGGCUUAUCAGCGGCGAAGGAGAAACCAGUCUGCCAGGUCUCUAUAGAGAAUAACUGGGUCGUCUUCAAAAGUGACAGGCUUCUCUGGCUCCCCACUGAGUAUCGCUCAUAUUCAGACUUGGCUUAUAGCAACAAUACGGUUGUUCUUGGAUAUAACAAUGGUCGAGUUCUAAUCGUCAACUGCGAGUGCAAGAAGGCCGCCGCAAUUCUUGAAUCGUUCAUCGAUCCUAAAUUGAAAAUCGAUGGACAGAUCCCUCGGAAGAUAUUCGAAGGCGCAAAGGGAAUUGCCAUCUACACAGCCUUCAGAGUAGGCUUCCUGGGCUCCAUUCGCUUUGGCUCAGGGCUUAUCAUCGCACGACUUCCCGAUGGCAGCUGGACCGCGCCAUCGGCCAUAGCCAUGGGUGGUGUUGGCGCGGGUGGUCAAUUCGGCGCCGAGUUGACCGACUUCGUAUUCGUGCUCACAACCGAUGCGGCCGUGAAGACGUUUAUGCAGUCUGGGUCUCUGACUCUUGGCGGAAACAUCUCCAUGGCUGUUGGUCCUGUUGGUCGGAGUGCCGAAGCGAGUGGUCUUGUGGGGACUAAGGGUGCUGCUGGGGUAUUUGCGUAUUCGAAGACCCGUGGAUUGUACGGUGGUCUGACAGUUGAAGGCGGCGUUCUGGUAGAGCGUGCUGAUGCUAACAAGAAAUUCUACGGGCGCAAAAUUCAUGCAAAGGAGUUGUUGACUGGAACGGUUCCAUCGCCAUCUGAAGCGGAAGUUCUUUUGAAGGUCCUGAAUGGAACUUUCUUCCAAUUUGGGUCUGCCGAGUCAGAAGGCCAGGCAGAGCCUACCGAGGGUGCCGAGGGUGCCGAGAUCGCCGAUCGGGCUGAAGGAGCCGAAAGGGCCGAAGGCGCCGAAGUUCCCGCGCGAUCUUCAGAGCCGCAAAAUGUUGAAUCGCAACAGAGUGCACAUUCUACUUCUGAAGCACCGAGUUCCGCGGCAAUCGAGCAUGAACAGCAGGCGGCUAGAGACACGGGAGCGAACAAUGCUGAUAUAUCUACUUCGGAGCCAAACCAACAGCAGCCCGCAGCCACCAACGAGACCGCACCUGUCGAGACCGCACCUGCCGAAACCUCACCUGCCGAGGCGAGCACUCACCCCAAGGAAACCUCCGAGGACCACAAAGAGACACAGAAAAAAUGA